CUCUCCGGACUUCCCAAGUCUUCAUACACGCACACAAGACAAGUAACGAGCGAAAUGUCCUAACAAAACUUAUCUGCUGCAGAAAUGGUCUACACGCGUCAUUCCUGAAUGACUUUCUCCGGAGUUAUGUGGCUCCCCUGGAGAUGCGCUCCGGGGCGCGUCUCCGCCUGCGCGGUCCGCCGCGUCUUCACAUCUGCGCUGCGGCGUCGCAGCAGCUGCAGCCCGGCCGCGUUCCUGCCGGAGGCCGCGGGGUUCCAGGGGGUGAAGGACCGGGCUACGCUGCACGAGUACUCCCUGUCUGACAGCCAGGGCUUCUGGGGGGCCGUGGCCCGACACAGGCUCAGCUGGAUCCGGCCCUUCGACACCGUGCAGGACUGCGACCUGCGCCAGGGGAGGAUUAAGUGGUUUGAAGGAGGAAAGCUGAACGUAUCCGUGAACUGCUUGGACCGCCACGUGCACACCUGUCCGGAGAGGGUUGCCCUGAUUUGGGAGAGGGAUGAAAGGGGGUCAGAGGUCAGGUACACUUACAGGGAGUUACUGGAGAUGACAUGUCGCCUGGGCAACCUGCUAAAGCGGCACGGUGUGAAGAGGGGGGACUGUGUCACCAUCUACAUGCCAACCUGCCCCCUGGCUGUGGCGUCCAUGCUGGCCUGUGCCCGUAUCGGUGCUGCCCACAAUGUGGUGUUUGCAGGCUUCAGUGCCGAGGCCCUGGCAGAGCGAAUCAGAGACGCUCAGUCCAGCAUCGUCAUCACGAUGGACCAGGGCGUCAGGGGAGGGAAGGUCGUCGAGCUGAAGAAGACCGUGGACGCAGCCGUGGAGAGCUGCCCGAUGGUACGGCAGGUGUUUGUUGGGCUGAGAACAGACAAACCGGUCGCCAUGGCAGCCAGGGACAUCCCGAUGGAGGAGGAGAUGCAGAAGGAGGACGUGGUGUGUGAGCCGGCUGUUAUGGACAGCGAGGACGUCUUGUUUCUGCUUUACACUUCAGGCAGCACGGGGAAGCCCAAAGGCCUCGUCCACACCCAGGCGGGUUAUCUGCUGUAUGCUGCGCUCACACAGAGGUCCGUCUUCAGCUACCAAGAUGGGGAUGUGUUCGGCUGUGUGGCAGACAUCGGCUGGAUAACAGGACACAGCUACACCGUCUACGGACCCCUGGCCAACGGAGGGACCACAGUCUUGUUCGACAGCACCCCCAUCUACCCAGACCCAGGAAGAUACUGGGACAUGGUCGAGAGGCUUAAGAUCAACCAGUUCUACGGAGCGCCCACGGCGAUCCGCCUUCUGCUCAAACACGGAGACGAGUGGGUGAACAAAUACGACCGCUCCUCCCUCAAAACGCUCGGCUCUGUGGGGGAGCCGAUCAACACUGAAGCGUGGGAGUGGUACCACAGGGUGGUCGGAGAAGGACGCUGUCCUGUGGUGGAUACCUGGUGGCAAACAGAAACGGGUGGCAUCUGCAUCGCUCCUAAACCGUCAGAAGCAGAUGCAGAGAUCAUCCCUGGGAUGGCUAUGAGACCUUUCUUUGGCAUUAAACCGGUGCUCAUGGACACUGAGGGCAAAACGCUGACCUCCAACAACACAUCUGGAGCUCUGUGUUUGGCUCAGCCGUGGCCUGGGAUGGCCAGGUCUAUACACAACAACCACCAGAGAUUCAUCGAGACCUACUGCCUGCCUUAUCCUGGUUAUUUCUUUACUGGAGAUGGCGCAUAUCGCUCUGAAGAGGGGUACUACCAGAUCACGGGCCGUCUCGAUGACGUCAUUAACGUGAGCGGUCACAGGAUUGGCACAGCAGAGAUAGAGGAUGUAGUGAAUCAGUGUCCUGCAGUGGCUGAAUCCGCCGUCAUAGGAUACUCACACAACAUCAAAGGACAAGGUGUAUAUGUCUUCGUGGUGUUAAAAAAGAAUGUGGACGUACAAGAGGCGGACUUGUCCAAACAGCUUAACAGCAUGGUGUCGAAGAAUAUCGCCAAGUACGCUUGUCCGGACUUCAUUCAGUUUGUCCAGCGUCUGCCAAAGACCCGCUCCGGUAAGAUUAUGCGGCGGGUGCUGCGCAAAGUGGUGGAGAGGGACCUGGACAGUCUGGGGGACCUGAGCACGCUGGAUGAUCCUGCAGUGGUUCAGGAAAUCAUCCAGGGACACCGGCAGCUUCUGAGUAAAUGAUGACCAGAGUAACAGCAUUCCUGAAAGCAUUCAAAUCUGAAGAUGGAUGUGAAGAGCAUUAACUUCAGUUUCAUUUAACCAGACUUGUGCCUUUUUUUUUUUAAAUGACCAAAUAUUUUGGUUUUAUUAUAUUUAUAAAAACAUUUUAAAAAAUUAUCAAUUUUACACUUUCAAACUGUUACACAAUACACACGUAUUCAGUGUUGUGUGUUGUGCUGUAAUAACAGACUGUGAUUGCAAAACUAAUACAAUGAAUCACUGCCAUUUCAAAUAAAUGUACAGAAUAUUUGCAGAUAA